AUGUAUGUGAACGAUGUGAAACAAGAAUAUGUUAUGUGCAAUAAAUGUCGGAUUCUACUUAUUUAUAAACAUUCUUCUGGUACUCAUUCACUGUCUAAACAUAUUCGUUUUUGUCAAAAUACUACAAAUACCACCAAGGUUUCAGAAGUUCAAGCAAAUAUCAAGCAGUAUUAUGGACCUACGAAAAAUGACUCUUAUAUUCCAAAUCGAGUUAAACAGGAAAUUAGAGCAGCUUGUACUGAAUUUGUAAUACUUGAUUCUCGAUCAUUUCAAACAAUUGGUGGUAAAGGUUUUAAAAAUUUGGCACAAAAAAUUUUUAAUGCUGGUCGAUACUUACCUGUAACACGAGAAAUUAACAUUGAGAAUUUACUUCCUACUCCAACAACAGUGAGUCGUUAUAUUGACCAAUUGUACGAUGAAAAACAUAAACAAUUGGUUUCAAUUAGCCAAAACUUGGUUUCGUACACGAUCGUUGUCGAUUUUUGGAAAGAUUCUUUUACUGGAAUUCAAUAUUGUGGAAUAUCGUUGCAUUAUAUCAGUACUGAUUGGAAACCAUAUUGUUUUGUUCUGGGUUGUUACCAGUAUGACUUGGAAUCACACAGUGCAAUAAAUACAAGAAAAUUUGUUGAAUCAAAAUUAUCAGAUUUUGGUCUAGAAUUAAAUGAUUCUAUAUAUGUUGUUUCUGAUAAUGAGCCGAAGAUGAUUGCUACAUUUAAAUCUAACUGUCAAAGAAUUGGAUGUGCGGCACAUUAUAUUAAUAAGCAGCUUGAACAUGGAUUUAAUAAAGAAGAAAUUAAUAAAUUACCUGUGGCAUGCGAUGUUGUUCAAAAUGUAUUUGAUUGUGUCAAAAAAAUUGUAGCCCACAUUAAAAAAUCACCAAAACAAACCAAAUUGUCGAAACGUGUUCAAACGUAUUCUGAUACCAGAUUUAAUGGAGCCUAUCAUAUGUUACAUGUUUUUUUCGAAAUCUUUGACGAGUUAACUAUGGUUCUUGAUGGCACGAAUUUAAAUCAGUAUUUGCUAUUAGAUAAAGAUUUGUUGGAGCAAAUUUGUUUAUUUCUGAAAGUGUUCGAUGAGGUCAUCGAACAACUUAGUGAUGAUAAAAGACCUACAAUUUAUAAAGUACUUCCACUUCGGCAACGUCUUCUUAAUGAAUGUAAAAUUAAGGAUAAUGAUCAUAUUGGUUUGCAAAAAUUGAAACAAUUUUUGUCUUCUCGUAUACAAACAAUAUGGGUUUUACAUGAUGUUCAUUUUAUAUCAACUUUUCUUCAUCCAUCGUUCAAGCAAUUUCAAAUUGCUCCUAAUGAGAAGCAAAAAGCUAUUGAUUUGGUUAAAGCAGAAAUAUUAAAACGCCAAUCAUCUGCAACUUCUGAACCAUCAGUCGUUGAUAUUAACUCUUCUUCUUCAACAAAAUCAUCAACAACAUCAAAAUCUCAACAAAUAAAAACCAUUACAACAACACAAAAUAUUCUUGCACAAUGUUUUGAUUUACCAAUUGAAGAUAAAGAUAUAUUAGCUGUUCCAUCACCUGACCAAAAACUAAUGGAGUAUAUUGUUUUGAAUGAUAUAUUACAAUUAGAUGAUGACGUUUUAAUAUUCUGGAAGAAUAACCAGAACAAGUUUCCGAUUCUUUCAUCAAUCGUGGCAGAUAUAUAUAGUAUUCCAGCUUCGAAUACUACUGUCGAACGUCUGUUUUCAUCAGCUGGUUAUACUAUUUCCAAUCGUCGAACCAACUUAAAUCCCGGCAAAGUAAACAAGCUAUUAUUUUUAAACAAAAAUCUAUUAUUGCUAAAAGAACUUGAUCGUCAUCGUCAACAAUUAGUAAGUACGCAAAAAAAAAGAAAAUUACCUGCAAAAUCAACAUCGUCAUCUUCAUCAUCAAACAACGUUUACAUUCACGAUGAACAAGAACAAUUAUCGACAACAUCAUCAUCAACAACCAAAAAGAUUCGGACUUUUGACGAUGAUUUGUUUAGCGAUGAAGACAUUAGUAAUAAAGAUAGUGAUAUAUUUAUUGAAGACGAUGAACAAGAUUAA